AUGCAAGAUCUAUCUAGGACUUCCAAGGCUGCUAUCUUAGUGCAAGAAGAUGGCGGCAAGUUUCAUUUUGACACCCGACAAGUCCCGCUUCCAACUCUGAAAUCGGAUGAGAUCCUAGUGAGGGUCUCAUGUACGGGAAUAUGUGGAACAGAUAUGGGGCUUGCUGCCGGCGCCCUUGGCCCAACUGCUGAUAUUCUUGGCCAUGAGGGGGUUGGGUAUGUUGAGAAGCUUGGGGACGACGUAUCUUCUACAGAAGUCCAAAUAAAUGACCGCAUUGGCAUUAUGUGGAUCAGAGAUGUUUGUGGGAAAUGUUUCAUGUGUCGGACGCCCAAUGAAGAAGUACGAUGUGAGAAAUCGGUUCGUUCUGGCCUUCAUUGUGAUGGAUCAUUCGCAGAAUACGCAACUGUUCCUUCUAGCUACAUUAUGCGCAUACCGAAAACUAUCACUGUGCCAGAUGAGCACAUUGCUCCAAUCCUUUGCGGCGGCGUGACAGCUUAUAAAGCUGUCAAGGUUGGUGGAGGUGAAGUCGGAGCAUGGAUAGCUAUUCUUGGGGCCGGUGGUGGCAUCGGCGCGCUAGCAAUCCAAUAUGCAAAAGCGAUGGGAUACCAAGUUAUCGCUCUUGACGCCACAAAUUUGAAGCGUGAUUAUUGCCUUCAGGCUGGAGCAGACGCUUACAUUGACGUUACAAGGGACGGCAAGGAUGUUCAAGAAGACGUUUUUUCACUCACAGAGGGAAGAGGUGCUCCUAGCGUGCUUGUGGUCGCGGGAUCAGUUGACGCCUAUAAGACUGCGCUUGAUAUUAUCGGGCCCCUUGGUACAUUGGUCUGUGUGGGGAUUCCGUUUCCGCAUCUACGGGUCCCAUUCCAUCCCCUUUUGUUUAUUGAUAAGGGGAUACGGAUGAUUGGGUCUUGUGUGGGUACAAGGGAUGAUGUGUUGGAUGCCAUUGACUUUGUCCAACGAGGAUUAGUCACACCAGUGGUGAAUGUGCAAAGGCUUGAAGAUUUGAACGAAAUCUCGGCCAAUUUUGGAAAGGUGUCUGGAAAGCCCGUCAUUAUGAUGUAG